CAAACGAAACUGUAUAUAGAUAUCUAUUAACAGGUAUAUAUUAAGUAAAAGACUUAUAAAACCCUAUCGAAAUAUGUUGAAAAUUGGCUGAAUAGCCUAACCUUUCGAAAACGGUCUGGUAGCAUUAUUUCUCUUAGCAUUACUUUAUUCCUCGUAAGAGCAUCGACUUGGGUGUUCCACGGCUCCAUCUCGACCAUAUUGCUGAUAAUUGUCUAGUUGAGUUGGCAGUUCAUCUUGGCCGAUAGUGUAGAGAGUACACUGAAGGAGGUCUCAGCCACAAUGGACCAGAAUAUGAGUGGUAAUGAUGUGCGUAAAGCCUUCAUAGAUUUCUUUGCUGAGAAGGAGCAUCUUUACGUCCAUUCCUCCUCCGUCAUUCCUCAUGAAGAUCCCACGCUGCUGUUUGCCAAUGCUGGCAUGAACCAGUUUAAACCCAUAUUCUUGGGCACAGUUGAUCCCAAUAGUGACAUGUCUAAGUGGGUUAGAGCCGCUAACAGCCAGAAGUGUAUCCGAGCAGGAGGGAAACACAACGAUCUGGACGACGUCGGCAAGGACGUGUACCAUCACACCUUCUUUGAAAUGUUGGGAAAUUGGUCAUUUGGAGACUAUUUCAAGAAAGAGGUAUGUGCAUGGGCGUGGGAAUUUCUGACAGAAAGGAUGAAGCUAGAAAAGGACCGUCUGUACGUCACAUAUUUUGGAGGACAUGAGCCGUCAGGUUUGGAACCUGAUGAAGAAGCUAAGGAAAUUUGGAUAAAACUGGGUCUUCCUGCUGAUAGAGUUCUGCCGUUUGACAUGAAGGAUAAUUUCUGGGAGAUGGGGGAGACGGGACCGUGUGGACCCUGCUCAGAGAUCCACUAUGACAGGAUCGGAGGCAGAGAUGCCAAACACCUUGUCAACAUGGACGACCCGGAUGUCCUGGAAAUUUGGAACUUAGUGUUCAUUCAGUAUAACAGAGAAAAUGAUGGGUCCCUGAAGCUCCUCCCUUCAAAGCACAUUGACUGUGGCAUGGGCCUGGAGAGACUGGUCUCCGUGGUGCAGCAGAAGAUGUCCAACUACGACACUGACAUGUUCAUGCCACUCUUUGACACCAUUCAGAAGAACACUGGAGCCCGUCCCUAUGCAGGCAAGGUCGGCAAAGAGGACGCGGACGGAGUAGAUAUGGCGUACCGUGUGCUGGCAGAUCAUGCCAGGACGCUAACUGUCGCUUUAUCUGACGGAGGGAGACCAGACAGCGUAGGAAGAGGAUAUGUAUUGAGAAGAAUUCUUAGGCGUGGGGUCAGGUAUGCCACGGAAAAACUUGGAGCCAAGCCAGGAACCUUUGCUUCUUUAGUGGACACUGUAGUUUUGUUAUUGGGUGAUGCAUUUCCUGAACUCAAGAAAGACCCAGAAAUGGUAAAAGAUAUUAUAAAUGAAGAGGAAGCCCAGUUCUUGAAGACUUUAUCCAGAGGACAAAAACUUUUGAUGAGGACCAUUGGUAAACUGGGAGACUGUAAAACAUUGCCAGGUGAUCUUGCCUGGCGUCUGUAUGACACGUAUGGCUUCCCUGUAGACCUGACUCAGCUAAUGGUGGAGGAGAAGGGACUGGACGUGGACAUGAACGGGUACGAAGACUCCAAGAAACAAGCUCAGUUGACAUCUCAGGCAGGUGGUGGUACAGUAGAUGAUCAGGUCAGUCUGGAUGUUCACGCUCUCAAUGAGUUACAGAGUCAAGGUUUCCCACCUACAGAUGACCUGCCUAAGUAUAACUAUACCUCUGAUGAAUCUGGCAACUAUGUAUUUGAAUCCUGCACUGCCAAGGUCAAGGCCAUCAGGAUGAACAAGCAGAUGGUCAGCGAGGUGGGCAGUGGUCAGGAGUGCGGCAUUCUGCUGGACAGGACGUGUUUCUAUGCAGAGGCUGGUGGCCAGACGUAUGAUGAGGGGUUUAUCACCAAGGAGGGAGAUGAGGAGUUUGAAUUUGUAGUGAAGAACGUCCAAGUUCGUGGUGGCUAUGUCCUCCAUAUUGGAAGUGUGGAAGGUACUCUGAAAGUGGGAGACAGUGUCAAACUGGCCAUUGAUGAGGGACGCAGACGGCCAGUAAUGAGUAACCACACUGGGACACACAUGCUGAACUUUGCCUUAAGGAAAGUGCUGGGGGAGGCUGACCAGAGAGGCUCACUGGUCGCCCCAGAUCGUUUGAGAUUUGAUUUCACUGCAAAGGGCUCUAUGACUGCUGCACAAGUGAAGGAGGUGGAGGAGAUCACUAAUGGUAUAGCCAAGAAGAAUGAGCCAGUGUACGCCAAGGAUGUGGCUUUACCUAUUGCCAAGUCUAUCCAAGGACUUAGAGCAGUGUUUGAUGAGACAUACCCAGACCCUGUCAGAGUGGUGUCAGUGGGAGUUCCUAUAGAAGACUUGGUGGCUGACCCAACAGGUCCCGCGGGAUCACUGACCACAGUGGAGUUCUGUGGGGGCACUCAUCUACAGCGCAGUGGUCAUCUUGGUGACUUUGUGGUGGUGUCAGAGGAGGCCAUUGCCAAGGGCAUCAGGAGGAUAGUGGCCAUCACUGGACAUGAGGCAGAAAAGGCGCUACACAAAGCUGGGCUAUUAGACAAAGAUCUGGCAGCCUUGAAACAGAAAAUUGAGCAAAAUAGCAAAACGCAACAAUUCACUCAGAAACAGCUGUCCACAGAGAUAGUAAGGUUAACAGAGGAAGCAUCUCAUGCUACGAUACCCUACUGGAGGAAAGACAAUAUAAGAAAUGAGCUCAAGGGACUGAAGAAGGCCCUGGACGACUUGGAUAAAGCCAGGAAACAGGCAGUGAUGACAGAGGUUGUUGAGGAAGCCAAGAAGAUGAUUGAGGCAUGUCCUAACAAGCCUGUUGUCAUCCACGAAUUCAAAGCAGGUUCUAAUGCAAAGGCCUUGGAUGCAGCCAUGAAGCAGUACAACAGUCUCUCCCCCCAGACGGCAGCCAUGUUCUUCACAGUGGAUGAGGACGCAGGGAAGAUCAUAUGUAUGAGCAGAGUGCCCAAGGAGGUGUGUACGAAGGGUCUUAAGGCCAACGAAUGGGUCCAACAUUUGUCUGAUACAAUCAAAGGAAAGGGCGGAGGAAAGGACGUCUCUGCUCAGGCCACCGGUACCAACACCAGCGGGCUGUCAGAGGCCAUGAAGAUGGCAGAAGAAUUCUCUACUAUGAAGCUUGGGAAUUGAAAAGAAAUUAGUAUAAUAACAGUUGAGCCUUAAGCAAAUACUUUUAUUUUGGAUAAUGAAGUCUUUGCUCUGUAAAAGGUGAAAGAGGAAUAUGAUGCUAUGACAAUAGAAAAUAAAUAAGCUUCAUUUGGUUAUGAUCUGAAAACUCCUUGUUCCAAAAAAUAUGGAAGAAAAUCUUAAAGUCUGAAAGAAAACUGAACCAGUUUGACUUGUGGUAUUAGUAGUUAUUCUCGAAAGAUGGAAAGAUUUCAUACAGGGAAGUUUUUAUGCUGUUAAGAAUUUACAACUUACAAGUGAAAGUUCUAGUUCAUACAAAAUAAAUGUUAGUAUCAAUCUAACAAGUAUGUCUAAGCAAGGAAGAUUCAUGUCAGUGAACUACAGUAACUGUUGAGAAGUAAGCAUUUUUGGUAUGAAACCAGGUCAGUAUACGUGGGGCAUGUUCUUCUAGCAGAAGACGUUCAGGGCUCUGUAACUCAAAAUCAUUGCAAAUUGCAAUAGCGAUAUCACCUUUCGAGGCUAUUAUAUGAGGUUAGUAAAUGCCGAGUUAUGGAAUAGAGACACUUGCGCUCAGCGUAAUUCGCGAUCCUUCAAGUUACAGAGCCCAGUUCUGUUUCUCCUCAAGGUCCCAAAAUGAUCAGGGUGUAUAAUAUCAUUCUCCUAUUUAUGUAGCAAUUCAUCUGAUAUUGAGAACAUAAAGAAUUAUGUGGAAUAUAUUCAUUCACUUGAGGUACAUGUGCAGUACUAUGAUUCUUGAUAUUGGAGCACAAUUAUAUUAAUGAUGUUUGUCCUAUUUCAUUUUUUCCUUUGGAUGCAAGUUGUCUGUUUCAGCAUGAAUGUAAAGUACUGUUGGGUCAUACACCCCAUUUCCAUAGAUUAGAUCGACCUAACUCCCUGGGGGUUCACACUAAAUAGCUGUCAGCCGG